UGUCUCUCCGUACCAGCCUCCAUUCUUAAUUACACAAAUGUGUAAAACUUGCAACAGUUUUCUGUAAAUAGCGUAAGGAGUCGUUUUGCUGUUUAGGAUUUAAUUUGAAAAAGCAUUUAGAAAGUAAAGCAAAAUUGCUUAUGUUCUUACACACUCUUUAAAAUUUACUGGAAACAUGUGAUAGCAGCUUAUAAUCACAUCCAGUUGUUUUUAUAACACGUGCGUUUAUCAAAAAAUUUCAAUCAUAUCGGAGCAGACGGACAUAGGAUUGUCGACGAAUUUCUGAGAUAAAGAAAGUUAUAAAUGAAAAUUUAAGAGGUCUCCAGCUCUGCCGUUGAAAGGUGUAAUUUUUACCAAACAUCAAGUGAUAUUUUCUGUAUAGAGAAGACAAUGGAAUCAUUAAAAUUCACUCAGCUGGCUGUGGGAGAAUUCAAGCUAGACGCUUUAGCAGAUUUUUGCUUAAGUGCUUUGGAUAACUGCAUUGCUAUAGUAGGUUCCUCCACUGACUUUUACGUAAUGGAAAUGGUUAAAGAUCGUUCUGCCAAUAUAUCCUUACCAUAUCGUGUUAAAUUUGCUAACAUACCGCAAAAACGACCGUUUGCACCUUUGCUAAAGCCUUUAAGCCUAAGCCACAUGUAUGAGCAUUCAAAUACACAAGAAAGUCAAGAAUUAGCUUUAGAUGCAAUUUAUGUCAGUGAGUGCUCAUUAGAUCCGCCUAAAGCUCGUGUGCUGCAGGCGGAAUGGAUACCGAAUCGGGUGCCGCCCACAUGUACAGUACUCACGACUUAUGGCGCUUGUGAACUAUAUGUGCAAACAAAUAUAUCGCAGGAAUGGCUACCAGUGAAUACGAAUUUGUUCAGUAUUCUGCUUGAACAUAAAUUUCCCAUUACUAAGACUCUCACGGACAUCAGAAAGUUUGAGAAACUACGCGAAUAUAUCAAUUAUUAUUUAAUAACUAGUUUUUGCUGGGAUCAUGCUGAGCAUAUCAUUUAUUUGGGAACUGCGGCCGGUUAUAUUAUAUCAUUAAAAUUUGACGAGUCCUUAAUUGAAUUCACAAAGCAUAUGCAGAUAAAAACUACAUUGGCAAAAAUCACAUAUUUAACAAAUUAUAAAAAUUUGUUAUUAGCUUGUUGUGUGCAAGGAACCAUAAAGUUAUUUAAAAUUGAUCGUGAAAAUGUAAAUAUUAAGGAGGUUGAAUGUUUAUGGAGUCGUAAAGAUCGCAUGACCUGUCGUAAGGCUUUUAUUAGAUUUAAUCCAUCACUAAAUUCGUAUAUUGUUGUAUUUUGCAAAUCGGCACACAUAUUAGUUUAUCGUUUAACAACGCAGGGGCUAUUGCAGAGCAGUGCGUCUGCUUACGUAAAUGGCAUUAAAAUAACUGGUAUUGAAGUGUUAAAUGACAUGGAAUACAUCAUAACCACAAUAGUUGGCCAUAUAAAAUGCAUACGUAUAUCGUGUCCUUCUUCAGAGGAACUUAAAAUCGACGAAGAUUUUAUACAGCAUAAUUUUGAUACUACGAAUAUGCAAAUUUUAGGUAUUUGUUGUUCUAAAAAUCGAUGCCUCUGGUCUGUAAUGUUAUUUCGUAAUAAAGAAUACUUACACAACUCGAAAUAUACGAAUGCCACAGCGUUUCUUAACGUCGUUAAAUUAAAUAAUCAAGAUGCGCUUAUACGUUUACGUAACGUGAAUAUUAAAAUAAUGGACGAUGUACAAGAUUUGAUAAUGACAAUAGGUUUGGAUAUUUUCAACAAUAUGGAAAUGGAUAAAUAUAACGAAUUUUUCAAUAUUGGACAAAUUAAAAUGCCGAAAAUCCUUAAUGACGCGUUCUUGCAGAAAAUGCAAAUAAAAUUAUUUAUAACACGUAAUGUAGCUAAACAUCAGAGACUUAAAUUCCGAACAUAUAAAAGUCACACCUCGAUAGAGUUAGACUUUUUGGAGCCAGCAGUGCAAAGUUUACAUAUCCUUUCACGUCUAGAGUACUUACAAGAAUACCGAAAAGCUUCCACUCUUAGCAGUUUUCAGCAACUAUCAAUUGCUUGUAUGCAAAACAAACUGCAAUUUUUAUUAAGCACUUUAAAGGACAACAUAAAUGAAGAGAAUUCUUUCAGUGAGACCACAGAGAACUUCCUUAAAGCAGUCAACCAACACUUAAAUGAGUGCAGUUUCGAUUUAAGUGCCUUACAUUACAAAAAAGAACAUUGCAAUGUGUGCAACGAAACAAUUAACAUGAAUAUAUUUAAUAAAUGCUCUAAACAACAUGUUAUACAGAGAUGUUCGGUAUCUCAGACACAAUUACCUCUAUUUCAAAAAUGUUAUUGCCCACAAUGUUAUGCUUUGGCUUCAAGUUUGGAGAAUCAGCUAUUGAAAGAGUUGUUCGGUGGCCAUGAGAUGUUAAAGUGUACGUUUUGCAGAUUUCUUCUCACAGAGGAUACUUAUUAACGUAUUUUUUUCAUAGUUCAUGAAAACGUAAGGUGUUAGUAACGCAAAUGUAUAAAGAAAUUUCGAAAAUUUAUCCGUAAUGCAUGAA